AUGACGACGUUGGACACUGGUCCUUCAAGUCGAUUCCGAGUGUUCCGGUCCAUAUUCAUCUUAAUUUUUAUAUCCAAAUGGACACAGGCAGAGACCGAGAAUGGGUUCAAACAAGACUCCAGUGUUCUCGCCUCAUUUUCUGGCCAUUUUGAAGGUCGCGAGGUGGAAUUAGAGAAAUUGGUAUGACUCAGAACGUCAAGGUCAGGUUACGAAAUGAUUUUAGAUAAUGGACCCGCUCACAAACAGACUCUAUGUCGGCGCUGUCAACCAUCUCUACGAUCUCUCACCAGUCGAUUUGAGUAUUCGAGAACAGGCUGUGACUGGGCCCAAGCCAGAUUCCUUGUUGUGUGCAGGUAAGAUCUUUCAAGAUUAUUCUUGAUGACGUUUGAUUCUACUUCCACGAUUACUCCUCUUGAGACAGUGAUUCUAAAUUACAGGGUGCGCCAAAAAUAUUGGGACAAAAAUCAAUUCCGUGUAGCUUUUUUCGGCUGGCCUUGGAAUCAAAACUUUUGGUCGUUUUAGCAAGGGUAACAGUCUUGCUAUACGGCAACGGUAAUGCCAGGGUUGGGGCCUAUUGCAAACUUGAAAAAAUAUUCAAAAGUUUUUGGGGGACCAAAAUUUUCUUUUCAAGUGGAUGACCGGGAAAUCAAUUUGACCAUUAUUUCCGCUAAGGGAAAGUAAGAUCUUUCAAAUUUAUUGUGUUUAAAGCACAUACUAUUCACUUCGUAACAACGUAUGUAAUCAUGGUUGACGACCGAUAUGGCGGCGCUGGUCGAAAAACCAAAAAAAAAAUCCCGAAAGUUCGGAUUUUUAUGUUUUUAACGAUCUCAAUACCACAGUAUCGCCCGUGUUGCUCUAAAAUUUUGUGGUUAUAGAGUGUGUACAUAGGGAAUUGUCAAACUGUAAAAGAAAAUCUACACCUACAAGGGGACAGUUUCUGUAUGGAAAAAACUUUGUGGUGCGGAUUGGAGGCACGGUCCUUCGAAGCUUGAUAUAUUUUGGCAGUUUACUACAAGUUGAAAAGUACUUGAGCGUAAAAAUCGACGUAACGCUAUACUCGGGAUACAUUCUGACACAACUGAAUUACUUUUAGCGAUCUUCAGUCCAAGCUCACUUGACGAGCAACCUUAGAGUAAAUUCUACCGCUAUAGUCACUAUUUCAUCCCCCAGAGGCAGAAGAUAAAAAAAUAAUUUUUCAAAGACGACUAGUCAGACUCUCGUUGUCCUUAUAAAAGUAUCUCUGAUGCCUAAUACGCUGGGAACCUUACAUGGAAACUUAUACAUAAAAAUCUUUGAUCUUACGGAAGUUUUCUGGAAAACGGCGCGUUUUUAGGCCGACUUUGACGGGCUGUAAAAGAUGUAAUCGUCAUUAUAAGUAAAAAUCAUUUUUAGUGUAUAAAAAGCGACCGCUACUCUGUCAUAUAAAUUGAAUUUCUGCCAUAGCAUGCAACGGUAAAACUAGUGUUUCCAAUUUUUAUCCAUUUUGGGGUCCGUGCCUCAAGGGCCUUAGUUGUGAGCACUUAUAAUGGCAGAUCAGGUGUCGUAUACGACUACUUGGUCUGAGACUUUGAAGAUAGAUUCUUGGGAGCAUUGCACGUUUGCACAAGCGACCACUUUGCUCUUGUACCAUUACAUCCCGCAGGGCAAGUAAAAAUAUGAGUCCCAAUAUUUUUGGCGCACCCUGUAGUUCCCAAUUUCUUUUUUUUCUUGUUUCGCUUUCUUCGGAACAUGCUCGGAUUUACAUUUAAAAUAGGCUAAUUCAACUCUUGGUGGGUCCGGUUCCUUUCCUUCGGAUUCCCGGACUGUGAUUAGCCCGCCGGAAUAAACGGCGGAUGUCGCGGUUGCGUGUGGAAAGGGAACAGACUAACCACACAAGCAAGAGGCUAACUAUGGCCUGAUUGCAUGGCCAAGGCCCUUUAAUCGCAUAUCCUUUCAGCCAAACAAUCCCUUCCUUUCUUCGUAAAGUCAGUGCCUUAGGGAACGAAAUAAAUAUUUCAAAUCAUGUAGUAAAAAUACAAAUUGGAUUGCAAAAUAACAUGUAAACAACAUAAUCGGCGCUUUCAGAUACAUUACGCAGAUGUACGGAGCCCUUAGUCCAAACAAAUUCUUAUACGAAAGCACUGGCUAUAGACCAGGAUUCGAACAAACUGAUUGAAUGCACAAGUCUUUAUCAAGGUCGAUGUCGAGUCAGGAAUCUCUCAAACAUAGGAAGAGAAGCGGAUGUGAAGAGUUCUCGGCCAGGACAAGUUGCCAACGACCAGCAUUCUACUACAGUAAUAUUUGUUGGAUCAGGCCCCACUUCAGUCGGAUUAAACAGUAUUAAUCAGCCUUCUAAAGUAUUAUAUGUGGCGUCCACAUAUGUCCCGAUCCCGAUUGGUCCUCGAGAUGCUUUGGAUGUCCCUGCGGUAUCGAGUUUAUUGCUGGAUCCAUCGAGAUUGUUCGAAUACACAUCUGAGUACAUCUCCUCAGGCACUUUAAUGAAGCUCGAUUAUCUUCAUCGUCCCAAUUUCCAGUAAGUCAUCAUAUUUCUAUUUGAUCUUUCCAUCUUAGGAUAAAUUAUGUUGGGGGAUUCGAAGCAAAUGGAUUUGCAUAUUUUGCGACAAGACAGCCCAAAUAUACAGGAGAAGGGCAACCCACAAUAUCCAAAUUAAUCCGAGUUUGCACUGGAGAUGCCUAUUUCUACAGUUACACCGAGGUGCCCCUGGAGUGUAUAAAGAAUGGAAUUCAUUAUAAUCUUCUGCAAGACGUGUUUUUGGGCAAUCCUGGAUUCGAUUUGGCCAAUGAUAUGGACAUCAAGGUCACCGAUCAGGUGUUAUUUGGGGUCUUCACCCGAGGCGAAGGUCCCGAACGGAAUGUUUCCACCCGAGAAUCUGCGAUUUGUCUUUUCCCCAUCAAGCAGAUUGAGACAAAGUUCUUUGAAAACAUCAGAGAAUGUUACAAUGGGAAUACCAGAACUGUAAGUUUUCGAAAUUUUAAUCUUUUCGGAUCAACUGCAACAUACAAUUUUAGAAUCUUCCCUGGUUUAACUCCGACAAGAAAUGUACCCAGACCAAAUAUCCAGAUUCCGAGAUUAUGUGUGGAAAAGAUGUGAAUAGUUAUAUUGGGGGAGAGAUUCCUAUUGUUUCCCACGCUUCCUUGGCCGAGCAAGGUGUCCAAUUCAAUUCGAUUGUUACAACUUCCGUUCAAAGUGCUACAGUUGCCUUGGUCGGCACGCAGGGAGGCCAAAUCUUGAAGAUAAUCCUGGAGGGGAAAGACAAAUCGCGGAUAUACAAACGAAUCCAACUAACAGAUGGCACUCCAUUACUGCAGGAUGUGGAAUUGGACGAAAAGAACGGACUCCUGUACACGAUGAGUAGGAGCCAUGUGUACAAAGUAAACAUCCGACAAUGCAGUCCUGCCACGGAUUGCCACAGCUGUUUGGAAGCUGGGGAUCCGUUUUGUGGGUGGUGUAUGAGACAAUCCCAAUGUGUGACCGAAGAGGGAUGCAUUGGCGGAGAGAUCAGAGACGCCAAUAACCAGAGGAUAGGGACGAUCCCCGCCAAAAACGAUUGGUUCAAUUAUCGGUCUGGAAGAUGCCCCUUGUAAGAUCACCAUUUGCCUAAUAAUCUAUUUUUAGGAUCCGUUCAAUUGAGCCACAAGAACAACAAAUAACCUCCAGUAAAGUCCUAACAGUCUCAAUGGAGAAUCUUCCCUCUUCUUUGGAAGGAUUCAGCUGUUCAUUUGUCUUCCCCAACCAGCAAUCCUUCAAGAUCCCUGCCUCCGUCACCACGAAUGGAGUCUCUUGUCCAACUCCAACUCGAGCUGAUCUCAAAAGUCUUGAUCCAUCUGACAAGAACAACAAAGUUGGAUUAAAAGCACUUCUGACUGUCCUCAAAGCUCAUGAUAAUUCACCUUUGGCAUCUACCAACUUCACUUUCUAUGACUGUCAUCAACUUCAGACUUGCACUGAAUGUGCUUCAAGUCGUUUUCCAUGUGAUUGGUGUACCAUCAGCAACAAAUGUGUCCCUAAUGCGGAAGAUGUUUGUCAAGGAGAGCCCCUGGUUAAUGCUGUAAAUCGACAAGGACCAUCAUCCCGAAGAGGUCCGGAAUUCUGUCCACGAUUCACUCCAAUGGAAGACGAUGCGGAAAUAUUUGUGCCCUCAGGGCAUCGGAGAAAACUUACGUUGAAGGUGCAUAAUGUCCACAAUUCGAUGAGAAAUUUCAAAUGUCAAUACACUGUAGAUCAAUCAACCCAUGAGCGACCGGCGACGAGAAAUGGCGACAAAAUUCAAUGCGAUGAGCUGAGGUUUGAAUACUUUAGUAGAGGUUACGGUAACGGGACUGCGCGAGCCGAAUUUGCCCUUGUCUGGUGGCCAGAUUCUGCAUUAACUCAGUCCACAGGAGGCGUUGCCAGUGUCUCAUCGCUGAUUUCAUCUGCCUUAUCAGCGCCUCGAGAUCCGGUUGUCAACUCGAUCUCAUCUUCCGGCCGUUCUCGAACAAUCACAGUUGGUCCAGGCUUCAAGUUGGAUAAUUCUGAAGAUUUCCACGUCAUCAUCUACAAAUGCGACCAACUAGCCUCGAAUUGUGGAACUUGUCUUGGGCUGGAGAUUGAUAAUUUUGAAUGUGGAUGGUGUUCGGCGGAGACAAGAUGUACUCACCUGGAUUCAUGUUCAGUGACCGGCGAGACUUCAUGGUUAACCAGAAAAAAGGAUUCUUUGAGUGAAGAACUGAUGUGCCCAUUCCCUCGAAUCGAUUCGUUUUAUCCAAAGAAAGGACCCAUCAACGGAGGGACCAAGAUCACCAUCAAUGGAGUAAAUCUUGGGCUUAAGUUUAGUCAUGUGAGAGAUGCCGUCAGAGUAGCCAAUGUGAAGUGUGAUGUCUCGGAACAUGAUUAUGCCCCUUCUCAGAAGAUCGUUUGCCACACCAGGUCCCCUUCUCAACGCCAAACACAAGCUCAACAUGUAGUAAUAAAGCUGAAAGACGACCCUCAGUUUACAGCAGUGUCCAAUGAUACUUUCAUGUAUGUGAACCCGAAGAUACUGUCGUUCCGGCCAUUCCGAGGUCCCAGGUCUGGUGGAACAGAUAUCACCGUGAUGGGAGAGGACUUGGAUUCUGGCGCUUCGUUUAAUUUAACCAUCGGAAAUACUCCAUGUCAAGUCAACCAACGCUCAAGUACCAUGGUUGUGUGCAGAACUGGACCUUCGCAAGCAGAGGGUGCUGAAUAUCUUGUGGUAAACACGGAUGGGACACAAGUCAAAGUGGAUAAUGUCCAAUUCCAAUAUACGUAAGUUAAGAUUACAUUUAAAAAAAUAUAUUUUAGACAAAAUCCGGUUGUGGAUCGAGUAACUCGUCCAGUGAGUAUUGUAUCUGGGGGAAUCGCGGUAGAUGUUUUCGGAAAGGGAUUGGAUCUACUGCAGCGACCUAGGAUGGUGGUUACUCAUGAAGAUAAGGUCUAUUUUGGACAGAAAUGUGAAGUCUUGGAUGAGCAUCUGAUGGUGUGUAGAACUCCAGGAUUAGAUGAUCUUCCCAUGCAUCGAAGAGCGUCGUUGACGGUUGACCGCCCACUGUUGGCCGAUUAUGGAUUUGAUUUGGAUGGACAAUUAACUGGGUAAGUUACUCGAAUCGUAUUUGAUAUUGUUUCAGAAACCUUACAAUUGAAAGAUCUCUUCCCAAACUUACCGUCUACGAUGACCCUCGAAUCGUUCCAUUUGGAGAGAUCUUGACAGUAAAACCUUCCGGGGAUUUAGUAAUCAAAGGAGCUUCUCUUAAUGUAGCAGCUUCUACAAGAGAUGUCAGAGUUGUGGUGGACGGGAAACCAUGCAAUGUAACUGCUUUGGCCAGUAGUACAUUGACUUGUCUUCUCCAUCCCGAACUCUCAGACGAUGAUAUGGAAGUGACUGUAUUUGUGGGACAACGUUCCGAGAGAGUGGGGGUUAUCUCCCAGAGUACCCACAAUUCUUCUUCAAGCCUUUAUGUCAUCGCGUUUGUCUUUGCAUUCAUCGGGAUCUUUAUGAGUAUCACUCUGAUUUGUCUGUACAAGUAAGUUCAUUAAAAAUACUUUUGGGUUACUGCAUUUUUAAUACUCAAUUAAAUUGUUUCAGAAGAAAGAACACCUCACACAACAAACAACUCCGAUACCUCAAGAAUCAGAUGAACUCGAUCGAGAUCAAGGUGGCCCAGGAAUGCAAAGCUGCUUUUGUUGAACUCCAGACUUCGAUGAAUGCGAUUACUCACAGUGUUCCUCAAGGAGGAUCAGCCAUUCCCUUUCUUCCUUAUAAGGAUUAUGCAGCGAGAGUAAGGAUUAUGACGUCAUUAAUUAGAAAAUUUUACGUAAUUAGUUAUUUCAAAUUUUAUUUUCAGAUUCUGUUUCCACAAAACUUCAUCAACCAUCCAGUAUUGUCUGAGCUGGCAGUUGAAGCCGAGAGAGCGGAGUCCAUUGAGAGUGGGUUACGUCAGCUGAAUCGGCUACUUCUUAACCCCAACUUCUUGCUGUCUUUUGUCCGAACCAUCGAUGAGAAUAAGUAUUUGUUGCUGAAGGAUAGAGUUUAUGUUGGAUCCUUGAUCAUGGUCAUCUUACAGGUAAGUAUUAGAUAUUUGUUUGCCUGAUUUGUGUUCCAAAUUAAUCUUUCUUUAUUUUAGGGUCACAUGGAAUACUGUACUGAGAUUCUGAAGAUUCUUUUGAAAGAGUUGAUCAGAAAGAAUCUAGACGGAAAAUUCCAACCAAAAAUCUUGUUCAGAAGAGCCGAGAGUGUGGCUGAGAGAAUGUUGAGUGCGUGGUUCUCUUUCCUCAUGCAUCGAUUCCUUGAGCAAGCAGCUGGCAAAGAACUCUAUCAACUUUAUUGGUCGAUAAAACAACAAACGGAGAAAGGUCCUCAAGACGCCAUUACUAUGGACGCCAGAUAUUCUUUGUCUGAAGAGAAACUUCUGAGAAGUUCCAUCGAAGUGAACGAGCUGACAGUCUACGUUUUGAAUGAUGGCACUCCCGGAGCUCUUUACGACGUCCCAGUCAAAGUUUUGGAUUGCGAUUCGAUUGGCCAAGUCAAGGAGAAGUGUCUAGAUGCCAAGUAUCGGACGACUCCCUUUUCUCAACGACCUCAUCCCAACGAAGUUGACAUUGAACUCCGGACUCCAACACAUCGAAUGCUCCUUCAAGAUCUCGAUGCAACCUCCAAAGCUGAGAAUGGAAUUUGGAAAUACAAUACUUUGGCCCAUUACAAGAUCGAGAACAAGGCGACUUUGGCGUUGAUCCCUCGGCCAGCCUCGGGAUCAGUCUACAAUCUCUCCAUGUUGAGUGAAAAGUCUGACAAGAGUUCUCCGAUGAGUAUCCACAACAAUUCGCUUCAUCAAAGCCAUGGCCAUCUUCACAUUGGUCCCACAAAUAGUCCUACUUUAUCCCGGCCCUUUGGAACAUCUUCCACUGGAUAUAACAAGGAUACCAACAACUCCGUUAAGGUGAUGCAUUUGGUUAAACCCAUGGAUCAUGGAGGAUCUCAGGAUAAUGAGGACAAACUGGUGACCGAAGUCUACCUCACAAGAUUGCUGACAAUGAAAGGCACUCUAAAACAAUUCAUAAAGAGAAAUCUUAAGAUGAUACUCUCUGUGAAUAAUGGCGUGACUGCUCUUCCUCUCUGUAUCAAGUACAUGUUUGAUUUCUUGGAUGAACAAGCUCAAGAGCAUCUCAUUGAUGACCCUGAUGUCGUGCAUGCUUGGAAGAGUAAUGCACUGCCAUUAAGAUUCUGGGUGAAUCUCAUAAAAAAUCCAGACUUUAUCUUCGACAUUCCGAAACCCACGAAGAUCGAGGGUUCUCUUAAUGUGGUUGCUCAGACACUAAUGGAUGCGUGCUCAACGCAAGACCAGCUUCUGACAAAAGAUUCUCCGUCAUCAAAGUUGCUGUUUGCUGAUGUCAUGGAUGAAUACAAGAGCUGGGUCCAAGAGUAAGUUCCGGAGUACAAAAAAGACAGAAAAAACUAGUACAGAAGUUUAAAAUAAAUGUUAUCUUUCCAGCUAUUAUCGUGCCAUCAAAGAGAUGCCUCCAGUGAAAGAAGAACAGAUGAGCGCUUUUCUGGCCGAAGAAUCCAGAAACCACGCCAAUGACUUCCGCGUCUUCUCAGCCCUCAACGAACUUUAUGUGUACGUCCAUCAAAACAAGGAGGCUGUUCAGGAAGAGUUAUCGCAGAAUGAUGUGGCCAUCCAUCAACAACUUCCAGAGAAGUUCCAGAAACUUCUGGAUACAAUGGAAGUGAUUCCAGACGCCUUGAUCAUGAACAGCGGAUCAUUGGAGAACUACAACUCCAAGUCCAGGCUGAUGUCCAAUUCAGCGAAUCGUUUCUAUUAG